AAACUAAGUCGCGUGUUCGAGCCUGGCCAACGGCGGUAGGGUUUUUCAUGGCGGGCACGGAUGAAUCGCUCGACAGCCUCCUCGAUAGUGCUUUGGACGAUCUAACGAGGGAUUUGGCAGCGAGCUCAAUGACAAGGCAGAGUGAAGAGGCGCCGGUCACUCCGGAGAAUCCAGCGGGUCUGGGGAAGGGAUUGCCGUCAUUGCAACAAUCCAAGAAGAAAUCCAUGGCGAAGGCGGCACCACCGGCCGAUCCAUUGGCCGCAACGCUAGAGAAACUCGCUGAGACGACGAGGAACACGGUCAAUAGCAUCGAUUCACAGCCGGACGAAGGCCUUUUGGAAAGUCUGCUAGGAAGACAGGACUUGGAAUCCUUGGUGGGGAAUUUUAUGCAGCAAAUCCUUUCCAAGGAAAUCCUCCACGAGCCAAUGAAGGAGAUUGGCGAGAGAUAUCCUUCUUGGCUGGAAGCCAACAAAUCCAAGCUCAGCAAGGAAGAUCGCGACCGAUUUUCCAAGCAGCACCAACUUAUCCUGGAACUUUGCCGAGUCUACGACACCACUCCAGGCGAUUUCGACAAGAUCACGGAGCUUAUGCAGAGCAUGCAGGGCUGCGGACAGCCGCCAGCUGAGAUUGUCGCGGAGCUUGCUCCUGGGUUGCAACUCGGCGAAGAUGGAUUGCCACAGCUGCCUAUUCUCCCUGGAGAACAAGGAGGCGAGAAUGCAAACUGUAGCGUAAUGUAGAUGGGAUGCGACGUACCACCACGCUGAGGCCGUUGCAAGCUCAACCGGAAAACAAGAAGAGAGCAGCAUGCAAAGAUGAUGGUACGUAUGAGCGCGAACGUUAAGGCCUUUGUUUUUUUAUAUAAGCACAUACCUCUCUCGGUGGAGUUUUACCGUGACUCA